AUGUCUAUGGGUAUUCCAACCGGUCUCUCAACACCCAUGAGCAAUCGAAAAGUUCCGACUCAAGGUGUUCCGAUUGGAGAUGUUCCGAUUGUUGACAGAGUGGGAGAUUUCGGCUUCCGAGCCCGGUCGCAUCCUAUCACCGACUAUUUCGAGGGGCCGUCGGGAACGGUUGAGGAUGUCAAGAAACUAGAUCUAACGAGGGGUGCUGGCGGCGAUCCGCAAGACGAAAAGAAAGGCUUGGCCCAGCUGACCGAUGAGGAUUAUGAGAUCAUGGAGCGUCCUCCUCCCCCUGCCUCGAAAACCGGAAAAAGUGAGGCAAGAAUAGCUUCAGAAAGCUUUCCCGAGAAGACCAUUAAGCCACUAACCGAAAGCACUCCGCUGCCACCUCUUUCUGCCGACACGGUCAAGCCGGACCAAAGAAAUAGACAAAUGGGCGAGGAAUCGGGGGAUCCUCAUCCUCUCAAAUCCUCGAGCGUUCGAUCCGAUUCUCUGCACGAUUUGGAUGACAUCCAUCCAGUGGCCAAAGGCACGAUUCUAUUCCUAACAGUCUUCCAACAGCUGUUUGAAAAUUCAAAGAAUCCGGUUCCUUUCAUCACACUUUUUCAUAUCUUUUUUAUGACCCCGAUGCUAAUGCGAAUGGGGUUGCGUUGAAAUGGCCAUUAUGUCAUGAGAUUGAAGCAGAGUCAGGUCACCCAGAGGUCGUCCCACAUGGGAUCACUACGAUGAUCAAGAUGCUUAAAAUUCCUCUCAGUUUUUCUGUUUUUAUUGAAUAGAGAUCCACCCCCAAACCACCAAACAAACCCCUCGUUUCUAUCAAAUGAUGAUAUAUACUUGGGUCCUCACACUUUUAAUCCAUCAAAUAUCUUCU